AUGAACUCGAAUCUCGACCCAACCCAAGAGGACUUCCUCUAUCAUUUUGGAUUUGGGAAUAAAGCUCUAGAUGUGCAGAAAGUAUUUGGAGAUACUAAGUUUGUCUGCACUGGCGGCUCACAUACUAGGAUGAAACAAUAUGCUGAAGAAUUUGCAAAAGAAUGCCAUGUUACAUGCACUGACAAUAUCUCGAAAAGCGAUCGUUUUGUGCUUUACAAAAGUGGCAAAGUGGUGUGGGUAAAUCAUGGCAUGGGAAAUCCCUCACUAAGUAUUAUGCUUAAUGAGAUACUGAAACUAAUGCACUACGCCAAAGCGGAGGAUGUUAAAUUUGUACGUUUGGGAACGUCGGGAGGUGUAGGAGUAGAACCAGGUACUGUUGUCAUCACCAAAAAUGCGAUGAAUGCUGAAUUGAAUGAAAAGUAUGUGCAAUGGAUUGCAGGAGAAAAGGUAGAACGCGAUACAUACCUCGAUGAAGGUUUUCGAGAUGAACUUAUUGCAAUGGCUAAAGAAAAGAAUAUUCCUGCAGAAAGUGGAUAUACUAUGUGUGCUGAUGAAUUCUAUGAAGGCCAGAUGCGUCUUGAUGGUUUUCUGUGUGAAUACAAAGCCGAUGAUAAGUUCAAGUUUCUCAACAAAUUGCAUGAGAAGGGGGUGCGAAAUAUCGAAAUGGAAAGCACAUGCUUCUCGUCAAUGACGUACCGUGCUGGAUGUAAAGCGGCGGUCGUCUGUGUCACAUUGCUGAAUCGUAUGAAAGGCGAUCAGAUCAAGCUCAAUGCUUCCCAACUCAAAGAAUUCGAAGAACGCCCAUUCCGUCUUCUCACUGCUUACAUGAAGAAACAACUCGGCUAUUGA